CCUGUGUGGUGUCUGCCCUGGACUCCCGCCCGGCACGCAGCUGUGCCCUGUCCGCAGCCCAGCCCGCCGCCGCGUCGCAGUUCCUCAGCUUUCUUUCCCGUCCGUCGCUGACACUGGAGAAAGUGAGUGGGCACUCGUGGGCAGUAGCUACCGCUAAGGUUCCCGUCGUCACGGUCACGCAUCGCCGUUUUUGCUCCGCAAAGUGCUGUAGCGAAUUGUGCUCGCAAAACCAUCCGAAUCUGACCCCCCCUUGGACUCGAUUCGUCAAGUCAGCGCAGCCAACAGGACCUCCAUCACCCUCAAAGCAGCCCCAGGAUUGCAUACGACAUCUGCCAACCACCAGUCCCCUUUGUCCCUCCGCGAGUGGCGCAUUGGAUCUCCAACUGGUCCAUCGCGUGCCAUCCGAUCCGAUCAUAUACGUCCCUCCUGUCCAUCGCCAACCUCGUCAGCGUAUCGUCGACGUAUAACCCGAAAUCUCGAGCUUUCCGCUGCUACCGCUUGCUGCCACGCAACUCUGCGCCGGCGCCUUCGCCGUUCCCUAUGGGUGUCGGCUUGUCCGAAAUAUGGGAGAGAUCCGUGAGGGUGAAGAAGCGUUGUAAAAUCGGCCUCGGGCUCGUUCAUCCCAUUUGCUAGUCCAAUACAAUAAUUCACCCGUCUACAACACCAUGGCCGCAACGCGAUAUAAUUCGGGCGAUCUCCGAAGGCAAGUCGGGUCGCCGCGUGCAAAGAACCGCGACACCAAGGAAACACUCUGCCGCAAUGUUGUUAUCUACGGACAUUGCCGAUGGGAGGACUCUGGAUGUACCUUCAACCAUGACCAGAACAAGGCAUCCGUCUCACAGACCGACCUCAACUCAAAUCGAAGAGUCUUCAAUGUCGAAUCCCCAUCCUUUACGCCAGCUAACCAGCAGCAAUCAGCUGGAAAGAAGUCCACCUUUUCCUCCCAAGCUGCGAGUGCUGCCCCAUUCACCCCAAGGGGAGUUGGCACAUCCACGCCGACUCUACAGCAAGCAAAUGAUUCGACCAUAUUCAACCCAGCGGCUAUUAGGGAAUUUACCCCGCAAAACUACGAUGUUGGCAACACGAUAUCGCAGAAUGGGGCACAACACGUCACUCAGGACGGUGGUCUUUACAGCGACCCUUUUUCGAUAAGUUCACUGGGUCAAACAAUGCCGCCGCAAGGCCAAUACAACCCAUACGCAAACGACCCAAACAAUCUGGCCGGUGCUGGGGCAGGAUUAUAUCAGCCCGCGGGUUUUGGCAAUGGGCUGGUCCAUCCACCCAACUACCAUCUCUACCAACCACCAUCGGAGCUGUAUCGUCCAAGCCUUCAACCUUAUCAGCGAACCACGUACGACUUCUUCAUCCCAAAGGAUAGGCGAGAGAACUUGCAGAAGAAACUGUUCCAUAUGCAGCAAUUACUACCAAAUUCCGGGCUUCCUAAUCUUGAUCGCUGGCACUCGCUCUUCCCACUCGAUACAAAGGCUACGAGGAACUCCACUUGCUUUGGCUAUCCUAGUUGGAUGUACAAAGCACAGAACAACAAGAAUGGGAGACACUUCGCCUUGAGACGUAUCGAAGGUUACCGGUUGACCAACGAAAAGGCCAUUCUCAACGUCACUAAGGAGUGGAAAAAGAUCAUCAACGCAAACAUUGUCACCGUACACGAAGCAUUUACCACCGAAUUCUUUGGCGACAGUUCUCUGAUCUUCGUGUAUGACUUUCACCCUCUUUCCGAAACACUCUACGACCAUCAUUUUCCACCAAACAACAGCCACAACAGAUUACGGAAUACGAACAAGAUUCCCGAGAACCUUUUAUGGAGCUAUGUGUGCCAAAUAGCGAACGCGCUGUUGGCCAUCCACAAUGCCAAGCUGGCCGCCCGCUGUCUGGAGUUGAGCAAGAUCAUCUGGGAAAACAACCGCAUUCGGCUUGCGGCGUGCUCAAUCCUCGAUGUACUACAUCAUGACAGCCCCAAUCGCAAAACUAUUGAGGAGCUGCAACAAGAGGAUUUUGUCAAGUUUGGCAGAAUUAUUCUGGCUCUGGCCACGAACACCCCGACGCUCAAUUUCAACAACAUUGACGCUGCUCUGGCUACCAUUGUGCCGCGCUAUUCGACACAGUUGAGGGGAGUAUUGGAAUGGCUCAUUAAGCCUUCUGCUCCAGGGGAAACCAAGACGGUUGAGACCCUACUUGGCGGAAUCACAACACACCUCGCCAAUUUUGCCAAUUUUGUCAUGCAGGAGUCCGAUGAGAAAGAGUUCCAUCUUAUGAGGGAAUUGGAGAAUGGCAGGAUUGCCCGUCUCAUGUUCAAACUGUCCGUUGUUAACGAGCGGGGCGAUUCUUGUGGGGUGCACAACUGGUCGGAAACUGGAGAGCGCCUCCUCCUAAAACUAUUCAGGGAUUAUGUCUUCCACCAAGUGGAUGCCGAUGGAAAGGCUCGGCUCGACACGAAUCACUACCUCAAUUGCUUGAGUAAGCUCGACGCCAGCUCCGAAGAACAGAUCUUGCUCACCAGUCGCGACAAUGCCACGGUUUUCGUCGUCAGCUACAGGAGUAUACGACAGAUGCUGGACCGUGCGUAUGGCGAGCUUGGAAAGGAAAGUAAACCGAGCGCGACGGGGGCUACCAUCUGAAUAUAGAGUCUUUCGACUUGCGCUUUCAGCCAAUGGCUCCACAUGUUCGGUGACGGCCUUUGCCAUGGCGAGGAUAUGGAUCGCAGCUCAAAUGAAGGCUGAACGACAAUAAUGGACGUAGCAGCCCGACCAAAGCGAGCUUGACCUACCAGGAAAGCGAAGAGGGGGGAUUGAGAAGAAGAAAUGUGGACUAAGUGGUGGAAAGUGGUUAACAGCGAUGAGCAGAUCAUGUUAGAUAGCGAACUAGAAAACAGACUCAGAACACGUGCCCAAUUCCGUCCCAGAGCAGGAUGUGGGCUGAAAACAACUGGCAUAUGUAUGCGGUGAGCCGAACUAUUCGUUAUCUUCCCAAGCGUUCUCAUUCCACUAGGAGAUACUGAAUGAGAAAACUUGCCGCUGCUCGAGAGUUCAUGGAGCCAAGGGACGUUCUUGAACAGGCAUAUGUUGCCUUCUGGCUUGAUUUCCAGUUAGAUUCCCCCACUCGUCAAUAACGGCGUUGGCUGG